GCCAGCGUAGAAUAAGACAGCUGCGACAACAACAACAACAGCAAUGGUUGGCAGCUCUACGGCUUAUUGCCUAAUGUGAGCUGUCACAUUUACAUCAACCUUUAUAAAAUCACUUCGAUUUACUUGUUUAGUGUCAGGACAACUGGUUGGACCUUUUGAACAGCUUAAUGGUAAGUGAGCUCUAGUUAAAACUCCUGAAGGUCAGAAAAUCAGCAGCGAACUCUUCUCUGACAUCAUGGCCCAGCAGAGAGGGGUCAACAGCCUUCAGUUCAACCAGAACCAAAGUUGUUUCUGCUGUGCCAUGGAAACAGGUGUUCGUAUUUACAAUGUGGAACCUUUAAUGGAAAAGGGCCAUUUAGAUCAUGAGCAGGUGGGCAGCAUUGCUCUGUGUUCAAUGCUACAUCGAUCAAACCUCUUGGCUGUGGUGGGAGGCGGUGUCAACCCCAAAUUCUCCAAAAUCUCAGUAUUAAUUUGGGAUGAUUCUCGGGAAGUGCGAGACCCCAAGGAUAAAUUAGUGCUUGAGUUCACGUUCACCAAACCAGUGCUGGCUGUGAGGAUGAGACAUGACAAAAUCAUCAUUGUCCUGAAAAAUAGGAUCUACGUGUAUAGUUUUCCUGACAACCCUGUCAAGCUGUUUGAGUUUGACACUCGAGAUAACCCGAAAGGUUUGUGUGACCUGUGCCCUAGUUUGGAAAAGCAGUUGCUGGUUUUUCCUGGACACAAAUGUGGCAGUCUACAGUUAGUGGACCUUUCCAACACAAAACCUGGCACAUCAUCUGCUCCAUUCACUAUCAACGCCCACCAGAGUGAAAUCGCCUGCCUGGCACUGAACCAGCCUGGCAGUGUGGUUGCGUCUGCAUCCAGAAAGGGCACGUUGAUCCGUCUGUUUGACACUACAACACGAGACAAGCUAGUGGAACUACGUAGAGGAACCGACCCUGCUACACUCUACUGUAUUAAUUUCAGCCACGACUCAUCCUUUCUGUGUGCAUCGAGUGACAAGGGAACAGUGCACAUAUUUGCUCUGAAAGACACUAAACUGAACCGGCGCUCUGCUUUGGCACGUGUAGGAAAGGUGGGUCCGGUCAUCGGACAGUAUGUGGACAGUCAGUGGUCUCUGGCUAAUUUCACUGUGCCGGCUGAAUGCGCUUGCAUCUGUGCCUUCGGGAAGAACACCUCCAAAAACGUCAACUCUGUUAUUGCCAUAUGUGUUGAUGGGACAUUCCACAAGUACGUCUUCACCCCUGAUGGAAACUGCAACCGCGAGGCUUUCGAUGUGUAUCUGGACAUUUGCGAUGAUGAUGAUUUCUGAGGCUGGAGAUUGAGCUGUAAUUUAUGUAAACUAGUAGUCACUUAACAGCGAACUCUGCUGGUUGGUCCUGUCGCAGUGUAUGUUACUGCGCUGUAUAAUCAAAUGUACAUAAAAUCAGUCUGUGAGUAAA